AUGAAUAGAUCAUUGUCUCUUAUUAUAUGUACUAUUGGUAUAGCUUUACUUGCACAUUCAGUUUUAUCUGCAUUACAACAUAGAAGUUAUCUUAGAUUGACAAAUAAAUCAUUUGAACAUAUACCAUAUGAUAUUGCAUUAGAAUCAAUAGUUGCACUUUUAGUAUCGUCAUGGGGAAUAAUUAAUUUAGCACCAAAGUUAAUUCCAAUUAAAGCUACUCAUCAUCUAUCAAAGAGAUCUUAUGAAUCCAUAGACUACAGACCAGAUUUUAUUCAAUUCAAUAAUAGAGCGAGAUAUUUAUCAGAUUUACUGGCAGAACCAUGUCGUACCUGCAGAUAA